AUGAGAAACUUCAUCAAGGAAUCUAACGCAGGGCUCGUGGCAUCAAGUGGAAAACUAUGGCACGAGAAUCGGCGAUUCACGGUGAAGGUCCUCAGAGAAUUUGGGAUCGCGAAGGCGCCGCAAUUGAACGCCAUGAUUCUCCAAGAAGUCCUCAAGAUUUGCGAAAUCAUCGAACGGAAUAAGGAUGAACCCCAAGACCUUCUACAUCCGAUCAACGUGGCCAUAAUCAACAUGAUUUGGAAGCUGACCGCAGGGAAGCAGUUCGAAUACGACGACAGCGAGCUGAAGGAUAUCCAGGACCGUUUGAUCGUCCUCACGGAAGAUGCCCACACCUUGGGGCCGUUCCAGAUCUAUCCAUCGCUUCUUCAGUUCUGGUCCCCUGUCCGCAGGGCUUAUGAGCGCCUUGUUAAAGGGAUUAAUCGAGGGCAAGGCUUCGAAAAGUUGGUGGGGUACAUGCCGUUUUUGACCAUAGCGAAAGAGGUGGAAAAGCAUAAGCUGUCCUUGGAAGGAAAAGCUCCCAGCGACUACAUCGAUGCAUAUUUGCAGCAAAUGAAUGAGUUGGAGGAGAGAGGGGAAUCUAGCCCCAAUUUCACCGAGUUUCAGCUCUGGGCAAACGUAUCAGACCUCUUUUUCGCCGGGAGCGAGACUACAACGCACAGCAUGACUUGGUGCAUCCUCUUCCUACUCCGACAUCCAGACAAGCAAGAGAUACUCCAGUCGGAGGUUGAUCAGGUGGUGGGGAAGGAUAGACUCCCGUCUCUCGACGACAGGCAUCAACCCGGAGGAGUUCAGUCCAAAGAGAGAUUCCUGGACGAGGAUGGGAAAGUGAAGACCAACGUAUCCAAUUUUCUCCCUUUUGGUCUCGGAAGGAGGCAAUGCCUCGGGGAAUCUCUGGCCAAGAUGGAAUUGUUCCUCUUCAUGGCAAUCUUCAUGCAAAAGUUCACUUUCUGCGUUCCUGAAGGACAUCCGAUCCCUCCCAGAGAGGCCAAUGAGAGUUUGAUCGUUCACUCUCCAAAGCCCUACAAAGUCCUUCUCAAGGAGAGACUGCAUGAUAGUCGGGUGUUGCAUGCAUAAUGCCCUCCUUGACGAAAUAAUUUGUAUUCUUCCUACAUUCACUUACAGUACAUUAACAUUUCUACCAUUCUCUCCUUACCUUCCUCACCGAAUGCUUGACGUUUUCACCCUCGCUACUUAUCAGGGACAGUAUUGAAUUACAUUUUAGUCACUUCUUUUCCUCGACAGAUUCCAGGAGAAAAUGAAAUCCAUAAUCUGUUGUCCAUACAGCACAUCCGAUGAUUUAUUGUUUUGAUUGUCGUUUUCUAUAUUGUUCGUCAUGGUGACGGUACGGCAAGUCCAGCAUUUAAUCAUCUUGGAUAAAAAUGAUAUGUUUGCUCUCAGUCGUGCCAAGACAAUGCCUGUUGUGGUUACGGUUUUAACCUGUAGUGGUGCAAGUUUGCAGAAUAAAGUUUGAAAAAAUCGCCAA